AUGUCCCUCGAGCUCAACAGUCACUGCAAAAAGAUCUCAACACCGAUCCACCUUGUCAUCCUAGAGCGGUAUUGCCUCACCAAGAAUGGCUACAAAGAGGAAAAAUGUCAGGGCGUAAUUGAUGCUCUGUACGAUUGUUGCAGAGCGUUUUACGAAAAGAAGGGUGACGAUGCCUCUACAGUCACCUGUCCCAAGCCGGACCUGCUACGUCUCAAAAUAAAGCAGAGACAAGAUGCUGCAGGCAAGAAGAGCUAGCUGCGCUGAGAUAACCACCCUUGUGUAUUUUGUAAAAAAAAAAAUCUUGUAUCACUCAUCCAAAAGACUUGCGUACACCUGAACAAGCAAAUAAUUUAAAAAUGCAUCAGGUGACAUUACGGGAGAGUGCAUGCUCAAUCUAGGCGUUCACUAGCGCGCUAAGAGGCCUUUUGACCUGAACAAGUAGUGAGAAUAGUCUUGCUCCGCGACUCUAAAC